AUGCCCAAGCGUCUCAAAAUUGUGACCGUUGGUGACGGUGGAUGUGGAAAGACAUGUAUGCUGCAGACAUUUGCCAACGGAGCAUAUCCCACAGAAUACGUGCCCACUGUUUUCGAGACAUAUAUCACCGAAAUGCUCGUCGAAAUCGCCUUGUGGGACACUGCUGGACAGGAGGACUAUGACAGACUACGACCUCUCUCUUACCCUGACACGGACGUGGCCCUCUUGUGCUUCGACAUCGCAGACGAAGGAUCAUUUGCUAACAUUACGGAAAAGUGGAUGCCAGAGGUCCUGUUGUCUCAAUACCUCAGAUUCGUCUAUUCCUCAAAGAAAAAAUAUAUCGAGUGCUCUGCUAUGGAACAAUACAACUUGCAACACAUAUUUGAGAGUGCUGUUCGCAUAUCCAAAAAAUCGUCUGGAAGAAGCAAGCUCAAGUGCAGCCUCCUUUAA